UCAAUAGCCAAACACAAAACAACUGAAAUCUUUUAGCUUUCAUUUAAGAUGGUUCCCAGAAUAUUUUAUUUGCUUCAAUUUUUCACACUCUUCACAGUUACUUUUGCUUCUACUGAGGAAGCAACUGCUCUCCUCAAAUGGAAAGCAAACAUAAAUAAUUCCUUAUUGGCUUCAUGGACACUAAGUAGUGAUGCAUGCAAGGGUUGGUAUGGAGUUAUAUGCUUUAAUGGUCGAAUAAACAGGUUGAAUAUUAGUAAUGCUGGUGUCAUUGGUACACUCCAUGAUUUUCCAUUUUCAUCUCUCCCCUUUCUCGAAUAUGUUGAUCUUAGCAUGAACCAGCUCUCUGGUAUUAUACCCCAUGCAAUAGGAAACCUCACUAAUCUUGUCUAUCUUGACUUGUCGUCUAAUCAGUUUUCAGGCAAAAUCCCACCUCAAAUCGGCUCGCUAUCAAAGGUCGAGAACCUCUACAUCAGUGACAACCAUUUAAAUGGUUUCAUUCCAGCUGAAAUAGGUAACUUAACUGAGCUCAAAACUCUUCAUCUUUAUUCAAACCAACUUUUUGGUCCCAUUCCUAGUGAAUUGGGGAAUCUAAAAAACCUCAAUGAUUUGGAGCUAUCGCGUAAUAAGCUUACUGGUUCAAUUCCAAUUACUUUAGGUGACUUAACUGAGCUCAAAAUUUUGUAUCUUCAUUCUAACCAACUUUCUGGUCUCAUUCCUACUGAGUUGGGGAAUUUGAAAAACCUCAAUGAUCUGGAACUAUGCAAUAACCAACUUAGUGGUUCAAUUCCAAUUACUUUAGGUGACUUAACUCAGCUCAAAAAUUUGUUCCUUUAUUCUAACCAACUUUCUGGUCUCAUUCCAAGAGAGUUGGGGAAUUUGAAAAACCUCAAUGAUCUGGAGCUACAAGAAAAUCAACUUACUGGUUCAGUUCCAUUUACUCUAGCUUACUUAACUCAGCUCGAAUUUUUGUACCUUUAUUCUAACCAACUUUCUGGUCCCAUUCCUAGUGAGUUGGGGAAUUUGAAUAGUCUCACAGAGCUGGAUUUAUCCGAUAAUAAGCUUAGUGGUUCAAUUCCAAUUACUCUAGGUAACUUAACUGAGCUCAAUUCUUUGUACCUUUCUGAUAACCAACUUUCUGGUUCGAUUCCAAAAGAAUUUGCAUAUUUGGAUAACUUGGUUCUCUUAUCAAUUAGUAACAAUCACUUUUCAGGCCAUUUGCCAGAGCGGCUUUGCAAUGGUGGGAAACUUGAGAUUUUAACAGUGAAUCGUAACAAGCUUACAGGGACAAUCCCAAGAAGCUUGAGCAACUGCUCCAGUUUCAAAAGGGUUCGCUUCAAUAACAACAGCUUUACUGGGAAUUUAUCUGAAGCUUUUGGCAUCCAUCCCGAGCUGAAGUUCAUUGAUUUGAGCGACAAUGAUUUUCAUGGCGAACUCAGCAGCAACUGGGGGAAAUACAAGAAUUUGACUACUUUUUGGAUAGCCAGAAAUAACAUUAGCGGUAGCAUACCACCAGAGAUUGGAAACAUCAAAGGUCUUUUGGGACUUGAUCUUUCAGCAAAUCAUUUGGUUGGGCAAAUACCAGAGGAAUUUGGAAAAUUAACCUCUCUGGUUGAGCUCUCAUUGAAAAACAACCAAAUUUCUGGCAAUAUACCUCAGGAACUUGGGUCACUGACAAAUUUAGACUCCCUUGAUCUAUCAGACAAUAGAUUGAAUGGGUCGAUCCCAACGUUUUUAGGAGAUUACCAACACCUGUUUCACUUGAACCUCAGUUGUAACAAGUUUGGCCAGAAAAUUCCAAAGGAGAUAGGGGGUAUAACUCAUCUUAAUGUACUUGAUUUGAGCCAUAAUCUUCUGGUUGGAGAAAUACCCCCCCAGUUAACCAAUUUGAAGUACUUGGUGAACUUGAAUCUGUCCCACAACAGCCUUUCUGGCCACAUUCCUGAAGAAUUUGAUAGUUUGACUGGUUUGCAGGAUGUUGUAUUGUCAUACAACGAGUUGGAAGGGCCAAUCCCUAAUAAUAAUGCUUUUAUGAAUGCCUCAUUAGAAGGUAAUAAAGGUCUUUGUGGCAAUGUGACUGGAUUCCAACCUUGCGAAAGGCCAUCUUCUAUGGUGAAGAAGCACUCAAUGGCGAAGGGACAUAAACUCAUCCUCAUCACUGUACUUCCUAUUCUGGGAGCAUUAGUGCUGCUUUGUGCUUUCGCUGGUUCUCUCUUUAUGUGUGACCAAAGAAGAAGAGUUGGAGACGUUGAAAGAAGGGAUGGUGAUGGUUGGCUUUCGAUAUCCAUGUUAGAUGGGAAGGCAUUGUACAGGGACAUCUUAAAUGCCACAGAAGAGUUCGAUGCAAAAUUUUGCAUUGGGCAAGGAGGUCAGGGAAGUGUUUACAAGGUAAACCUUCCAUUAUUAGGAGAUAUAGCUGUGAAGAGACUUCAUUCUUCAUUUCAGAAUACACAUCCCAAAAGCUUCAUAAAUGAAGUAAGGGCAUUGACUGGGAUUAAGCACCGGAACAUUGUGAGCCUCUACGGCUAUUGUUCGAAAGCACAACACUCACUCUUGGUUUACGAGUAUGUGGAGAGGGGGAGUUUGUCUAGUGUUUUAAGCAAUGAAGUUGAGUCUAAGAAAUUGGAUUGGCUUAAAAGGGUGAAUAUCAUCAAGGGUGUUGCUUUUGCUUUAUCUUACAUGCACCAGGAUUGUUCACCACCCAUUGUUCAUCGAGACAUACGUAGCAGCAAUGUUUUGCUUGAUUCUGAGUAUGAAGCUCGUGUUGCAGACUUUGGAAUAGCAAAGAUUCUCAAUCCAGACUCGUCCAAUUGCACCGCGCUUGCAGGCACAUAUGGUUAUGUCGCACCUGAGCUUGCAUAUACAAUGAAGGUUACACAAAUGUGUGAUGUGUAUAGCUUUGGAGUAUUAUCAUUGGAGAUAAUCAAAGGAAAGCAUGUCGGGGAAUACAUUACUGUGCUGGCAAAUUCAUCGACUAUAGAUCCUGAGCAGCUUAGCAAUUUGCUGGAUGAACGCCUUCCAUAUCCUGAAGAUAGAGUAAAAGAUGUUUUGGUUUUUAUCAUCAAUCUAGCAUGCUCUUGUUUGCUCCAAACUCCAAACUCAAGGCCAACAAUGCACUUCAUCUCUCAUAAGUUAUCAUCAAUGGAUGCACGUCCACCUGUUCAUCAGAGAAACCACCAUGCAAGGGAAGCAAUAUAAUCCUUGAUAUGUUUGUAUUGUUAGUUGGUUUACUCUAUAAUUUAAUGCUUAUACUCUAUUGAACAUCUGUUGUUGCUGUUAGCUGAUUGCUUAUCAAACCGAUCCUGCUUUUUGAUGUUGAUGGUUUGCUUGAUUUGUUUAAUUGAUUUUUGAGAAAUCUUGUUAAAA